AUGUUCUCCCUUAUGGUAGCCUACAGUCUCUUCAGCUACGCAGUAGUUACAAAUGCCUACACAAAAUUUGAUACAACUUGUGCAAUUCCAGCAAAAUCAACUAAUUAUGUUUCACCACCCAACAGUCGAGGAACUCUCAAUAUCCUCUGGACAUGUCUAUUCACAAUCGUCAUCUGCACAUGGGCAAUUCAGCAUCUCAAUGUACCCCAACAACGAGCCAAUCGAGGUUCUGGUCUGAAAGAUGGUAUAAAAUGGAGAAUCGGACGUUUCUUGACUAGUCUUAAAUGGAUGGUAGCAACGAUCCUUGCUCCAGAGAUCCUACUUGCUAAAGCUUGGAGCGAUCUCGAUGUCGCACGGAAACAGCUUGAGAAGUUUAAAGCUUGGGCUGCUGAUGAUGAUGUCGAAUGGACUUUAACUCAUACUUUGUUCGCAAACAUGGGUGGUUUUGUAAUUCGAAGCUAUCCAUUAUCAAGGGAAAAUAACGAUAUCGAAGCCAAGCCCAGCGUUGCCCUUGACAUCCUCGCCGGUCAAACACCACACCCACCUUCAACCGAAGUUUCUACUCCAUUAAUGGAAUCAUCUACAGGAUGCAUGUCUUUAGAUGCAAAUGACACCUCAAUCCGAGUAAACAUUUCGGAUCCGGGUGUUGGAACUGAUGCCCCUAUCUAUUAUCCCAAUCCGUACCAUCUGACCGCUCAGCAAAUCCUCUCACUUCGACGAUGCGAGCAUAUUCGACUUCCCAACAUCACACUCGACGAAAUCAACGACAAAAGCAAAAACGACACUUUUGUACGCAUCAUCGCAACCACCCAGUUCUUCUGGAUCGUCGCCCAGAUCAUCAUUCGCGCAACCCAAGGUCUGGUAAUCGCACAACUCGAGCUCGCCGUCAUCGCCUUCUCCACCUGCGCACUCCUAAUCUACAUCCUCAACUGGAGCAAACCUAAAGGUGUUUCAAUUCCCUUCACAAUUCUCUCCUACGAAGGCCCCAUCCCCACUCCCCUUCUCGAAUUCAUGAACAAAGAUCUCGAUCGUUCAUCCAUGCUUAACAUAAUUCUCAACAACCCCCCUGCAUCCCUCACAUCCGGCGCCCCAAUUCCAAACGAUACCAUCUAUCCCUCCUCAGACGAAGAAGAAGCCUGGCUCAUCGGUUUCGAAUUCGGCAGUAUAGUUUUCGGAUGCAUCCACGUCGCAGCAUGGAACUUCACAUUCCCAACCCAUCUCGAACAGAUUCUCUGGUGGUCCACCAGUAUCUGGUGUACGGUGUUCGUGCUCAUCUACACCCUGAUUCCCUACUGCGGCAUGAUAUGCUGUGGCGAUUUUCGAAGAAUUGCGACGCCUAGAAAAUUGGCCUGGGGUGCUGCUCCCUUGUUCUUUUUAUAUGCACUGGCGAGAUGUUUCUUGAUGGUGGAAAUUUUUAGGAGUUUGUGUUUUUUACCCCCGGAUGCGUUUAUUGCGACGGUGAUGGAGAAUGUUCCUUAUUUUGGCUGA